AUGGCACAUUCAUGUCGAAUUCAUGGCGAAUUUAUGGCGAAUGCAUGGCGAAUUCAUAGCGAGUUCAUGGCGAGUUCAUGGCGAAUUUAUAGCGAAUUCGAGGCGAAUUCAUGGCAAAUUCAUGGCGAAUUCAUGGCGCUGCUGGGUGAGAACGCGGAGGCUCUGCUGUCGCUCGGCGCGCUGCAGCUGCUGCUGCCGCUCGCGCAGGACAGCAUGGCGUCCGUGCGAUCCGCUGCGACGCUGUCGCUGGGUCGCCUGACGAAUGUGUCGCACACGUGGUCGCAUCCCCCCGUGCAGCGCAACGUGCUGCCGUCGCUCUGCAAGGCGCUCACCGGCACCAAUCGCCACCACAAGCGCGCAGCAGCAUAUCUAGUCAAGGCCGUGUCACGCCACGCUGGCGCUGAGCUGGCAGAGGCGGGCGUGCUGCCGCUGCUGACGGAGUGCCUUCUGGGUGCCAUGCUGGCGGUGUGGGAGACUGCUGCACAAGGUGUCAGCAUGGUGCUUGCUCCUUCCCUCCACUUCACCCUGCAGAUGCUCUUCCUUCGUCCUGCCGUUGCCGUUUCUUCCUACUCUUCCGCAGCAGCAAGGACAACAGCAGGGGCUGCAGCGAUUUCUCAAGCCGGAGGUUUUAUCGCUCAGUCGUCGCAGCAUUGCGCCGAUCUUAGCCAUUGCUUCGCUACUGUCGCUUCUCCUCAUCGCAACCAGCAAGAUCCAUCAGCAGAAGCAGAAAUCGCUGGCUCGAACGAUCAGGAAGCCGAUUCGGUGGUCUUGUCUGGCGCAGGUGACGACGGAAGCCGAUCGGGCGCGGAACGAGCCGCAGGUUCAUCAGAUGGACGGUCAGACGGGGACGAUGGUUUUCGUGUUAGAUCGGAGCCGUGGAUCUUCAACCUGACCGAAAUUCCUCCUGAUUCGACGGCUGCGCGAUUGUCAGAGGAGAGUAAGGAGAACAUGUGGCUGCUGCAUCAGAAGGACCCGGGUCAUUGGAGCGUCGCACGGCUGGCUCGCGAGUAUCGCGUGCGACAGCAGCGAGUGCAUGCGAUCCUGUGGCUCAAGGAUCUGGAGAAGAAGAUGGAGGAGGAGCAAGGCAAGCCUCUUGAUGACUCCAUCGCAAAGGAGUUCGAGAAGCAGCAUGGCUCGUACGACAAGGCAGUGGGAGAGCGCCAUGUGAAGAUCUACCCAAGUGAAGCCGUGGACUCGCUUCCAGAGGGGCCGGAGAGAAUGAAGCUGCUGCUACAGGAGUCUGAGAAGGAGGAGAUGUGGAAACUGGAUGAGUUCGUCAAGAGAAUGGAGUUCAACAAGAAACAGAUGGCUGACGGGCCAUCCGUGGAUGCGACUGACCAGGCGGCUAUCAAGGCAGCGAUCACAUCAAUAGAUGAGGAGUGUCCUAUUGACGUCCUGCAGUGCAAUGCUGGGAUUGUGCGGACCGGAUUUGUGGAAGACAUAUCGGCUGAAGACGUCCAGUCUCAGGUUCACACCAACUUUCUGGGAAGUGUCUACCCAGUGCAGGCUGUACUUCCAAGCAUGAAGGCUCGGGCCGAGGCUGGGGAGGAGCCUGGUGCAAUUGUCUUCACGUGCUCUCUAGCAGCCCUGAGCUUCUGGUAUGGAGCUUCUAUAUAUACAGCCACUAAGUAUGCGGUCAGAGGAUUCGCUGAGGCUUUGCGGCUUGAGCUUCUCUCCUUUGCUCUUUCUUAG